AUGAAAAAAAGUCAUUCUUCAAAUGAUUUGAAUGUUAAUAAUAAUGAAAACAAAAAAAAGAAGAAAAAGAAAACUAAAGAAAGAUGCUCAUUAAAUCCGGAUGAACUUAUUUUAUCUGCAAAUAGUUCACCAAUUGUUAAUCAAGUAAAUAAAUCUUAUUCAGAUGUUGAUUAUUUUCCAAUGAUGCCUGGAGCUUUAUCUCAAUCGAUGAAGUAUGACAAUAAGUCAAUUAAUCGUGAUUCAUUAUCUGAUUGUUAUUUAAAUCCAUCCGAAAGUAUACAAACGACGCAUAAUAUUAAUUAUGUAGAAACUUCGCAAAUACAAUCACGAAAAUUUGAAAUUCCAGUGAUCGAUUGUCGUCAAGAUCAACAAAUAUUGAAUUAUAAAGAUGUUGAUCAUCAACGAACUAAAGCAAUUAGAGAUGUAACUGAACAACAUGCACAAAAACGAUCAGCUAAGUAA